AUGACACGCCUAUAUUGUCAAAAUAUUCUGGCCCUUUGCUUAUUUUCUCUAUCUUUACUGUCGUCACUGGUGUCGGCGCAUCUGAUUGACGUGGCUGCCUCCAAGAAGGAGUGUUUCUUUGAGGACCUUCACAAGAAUGACAAGAUGACAGUGACUUACCAAGUGGGCGGUGGAGGCCACUUGGACAUCGACUUCUGGAUAACUGAUCCGGAAGGCACUGCCUUGGGAAAGCACAUCAAACAGUCUACGGGGUCACUCUCCAUAACAGCAGAGAAAGAUGGUCGCUACGAAUACUGUUUCUCGAAUCAAAUGAGUGCAAUUGCUGACAAGAUAGUCAGUUUUAACGUUCACGGAGUAAUUUACGUGGGCGAGGGAGACGAUGAACACGUUGCUCCCAUCGAGCGAGAAAUUCGGCUGCUAGCUAAUGGCCUUACCUCAGUCAAAGAUGAGCAAGAGUACAUCGUCGUUCGCGAACGAACACACCGCAACACAGCCGAAUCGACCAAUUCCAGAGUGAAAUGGUGGUCAAUAUUGCAGGCGUUUGUGCUAGUGUCCGUAUGCGCAUGGCAAGUGUACUACCUGAAGUCAUUCUUCGAGAUAAAACGUAUCAUCUAGGCAUUUGUAGAAUAUUCGCACUUAUACCAUCGUCUGCCGAGGAUCAUAUAUGAAAUAAGUACACUCGACAUCUCCCACUUCGUAAUUGAAUCUGCAACACGCAGAAAUCAACAGCUUCGCCGCGGAAAAGCUUUCCAUGGCGGGUAUACAUAAAAUACAAAGCAAAGAUACUGCACAGCUAAUGUAUCGACAAUCUAGAGAACAUGGUCGUUGAGAGA